AUUUUGUUGUUUACCAAUCUAUUUAGUUUGAGUUAGUAUUUUUAGGGCUUGACAGAGAGAGGAAAGUUAAUUACAUAAUUUAUCACAUAAAUGUAAAAUAAACUUUGGUCCAAGUCUUUGUGUCUUGUUUUGCUUGAGAAGACCAAACAUUUAUAAAUAUGACAAUAAAAGAGAUAUAAACUAUGUUAAAUUAAUUAAUCAUUAGUGUCUAGUUAACUUCCUUAAAAAAAUUCUCUAAACAAAAAAGUCAAAAUCUCCAGAGAUGAGACCUAUGAGCAUUAUGAGUCUCUUCUUCUUUCUUUUUUCUCAUCAUUGUUUCCUUGGUAACACUCAAAAUUUCUCUUCAAACAUUUCCAUUUGUGGGAAUCUCACCAUUCAAUACCCUUUCAUAUUACAAUCCCAAAACACUCAACAAAAUCCAAACUUUUCCCUAAGGUGUACUGAUCAAGGCAAUACACUACUCAAUAUUCCAUUUUCAGGAGAUUAUAUUGUGCAAGAAAUCAACUAUUCCACUAAAGAACUAAAACUCCAAAAUCCCUCUAUUUUUCUUUCAAGAAAGCUUCUACAUUUAAACCUUUUUUCUUCUCCGUUUUCGGCUUCUUCACAGAAUUAUACCUUCUCCUUGUUAUCUCAUUUUCAUGGAGAUGUUCGACUAUCAUGGGAUGUUCAUCUUGAUAGUAACAAGACAAGCACAGAAGCCAGCAAUUCCAAUGCUCCAACUCCAAGAACAGGUGGGACUUCACGUAAAGAAAUAAUGUUGAUCAUUUUCGUGGGUGUGUCCCUCAUUUUACCAUCCAUCCUUUGUUUAAUCUGCGUUUCAUGCCGAGUUUUUCUCGAACUAAACCACCGCCGCCAAGUGGCUGCUGCUACAGCCUCUUUGCCGAGCUUAGCACCAAUGCCAAUGAUUGUGAUAGAAGGGCUUGAUGAAUCCACGAUUCAGUCCUAUCCCAAAGUGGUUCUUGGUGAAAGCCAGCGAAUAUCGGGAAUAAACGUUAUGAUUUGCGCAAUAUGCUUGGGUGAGUAUAUUGCAGGAGAAACACUGAGAUGCAUACCUGAAUGUGAACAUUGCUUCCAUGUUGAAUGUGUUGAUAAGUGGUUGAAGAUAAAUAGCAGUUGCCCUGUUUGCAGAAAUUCUCUCCAUUCAUGAACUUCACCAGGUGCUUUAUAGUAUCUUCAGUGACUUUAUGCACAAUAGAUUAUACCUGUUUUGAAUUAUUGCCUAAAUCUUAACAUGAUUGUGUAUAUAACUAAAGACGAUCGAAAGGGAAAUGUAAGAUCUCAAGAUUCUUGGUUUGGUUCA